AUGUGGUUCAAAGCAUGGUAUUUUCACUUUUUUGUUUUUUUCUCUCUUUUUUUCUUUUCACCUUUUGAUUUGAUUUUUCUUGUGCAGCACGACAAAUAAGGAACUAUGUCUGGAAGAACUGCACAUGUUUAACCUAUAUUUGAUUACUUGCUGUCUAUGGGAGAAGAUGGGGGAGAGCAAGGAAGAAAAAUUUGGAACAGAAGCUUUUGCAAAGGUUGAAUGAUGAAAAUUAUCUUUACAUGUAUUUGGAAAAAUAAAAAGCUACUAAAACUUUCAAGUUCCAGAUUCUUUCCUUUAUCCUCACCCCCAGCCCCCAUUAAGGAAUUACAUGGGAAAUUAUUUUUUAAAAUAGCUGUUCCAACAGCUACAGCCACGGGAAGAAGGCCCUCAGGUUCCACUGCACAACAGUUGCCUCCUUCUCUCGCGAGCCCCAAACUCACGCCCGUGUUCUCGCGAAUGUUCGGGAAAAGGUGUGUACCCUUCUGCUGAUUCGUCAUAGAAGAAACUAGCGGCAAGAUUUAAAAAAAAAAAAAAAAAAAAGGACACCCAGGUUCGUUGCCUGUCCCAUUCAGUGAUUUCUCUCUCCCCCCCAAUUCUGCAUUUGUAUGUGUAUUUUGUUUCAGAGGUUCCAGCGAAGGAUUAAAAAGAAUCGGACGCGGUUGUAAAACCAAGGGGCGGGGCAGAGCUGAAUGGCGUCGAAUCUGGGGUGAGGAUGGGUGGUGCACAAGUGAUCACAGGAACGCUGUGGAGCUCGGAGGAUUACUGGGGAACGGAGAGUGUGGAAAUAGCUGAAGCUGGGCUGCACAGUUUGGUUGGGGUGAGGUGGAAGAAUGGACCAGUGGUGAAAUCUAGUACUUAACGGAAUUUAAACCGAGGCUACCGUGAGUAUUACACUUCCGGGUCUAGCCUAAAGCUCAAGGGCAGUGAGGAGGAUCCAGUGACUGAUUGGCUGAUUGGCCCAAAGGAAGGCUCAAACCGUGCAUCCUGCCGUGAUUGAUUGGCUGGUGUUGGACAAGCCCCGCCCUCCCUCGCUCUAUUCCUUACUGGUACUGAGCUCUGAUACUAAACACAAUGGAUCCUGAAGUCUCUGAGGUCCGACACACUGUACAAGAAGUUCUCCACACGCUUUCAUCUUCCAGGGAUGGGAUCCAAAUCUCUAAGGCCCUGACAUCUAUGAAGCUCUACUUGAAUGGAGUGCAGAACACAGUCCUGCCCAGAGAGAGGGAAGAAUUUUCCAAGACCUACUUUUCUACCUUUCUUCGAUGUCUUGUCAACAAAUUGAGCCCUGAUUGGCUAGAACUGCUACCCACUGGCCAACUAGAAGAACUGUGGGAUAGUUUUUUCCUAGAAGGUCCAGCUGACCAAGCCUUUCUAGUAUUGAUGGAAUCCAUUAUUGUUAUUGCUGGUCCGAGCUAUCGCCUGAUGAAAAUGGCCCAGGUGCUCACCAGGUUCCUGAAGAUGGGCAGAUUGGCAGAACUGAUGUGGGAGAUGUGUCAGCAUCAGGUGCCCCGGGGCUCAUCCCUUCUCCAGGAGACUCUCCUCAACAAAGUUGUCUGUCUGCCCGACCACCUGAGCAACCAAAUGAAAGAACAAAGCCCAUCCCUGUUCUUCCCUCAGAACUACUUCCCUUUGCUUGGGAAAGAGAUGAUCCAAGUGCUCCAGAGGAUCGCUGACUCCCUCAGAGGAGGCUUGGAUUGUUCCAUCUCCUUUUUAUCUCAAAUACUGGCGAAAGUCUGCAUCCAUGGGAGACAAAAGGAAAUUUUGGGAGUGUUGGUGCCCCGAUUGACAGAGCUCACCCAGGCCGACUGCAUCUGGCAGAGGCUUAGUUGGCAGCUUGUGGAAAGUGUGCCAGACCGGGGCAUGGAGGCUGUAGUAUCUGGACUUAUCCAAGAAGUUUCAGGGGCCAAAGUUCUUUCUCAAUUACUGGGGAACCUGGUGAUGAAGAACAAGAAAGCCCAGUUUGUGGUGACCCGGAAAUGCCUGUUGUUGCAGUACAGAUAUCCAACUGAAGUGCUACAAAAUCUUCUGGGGUACCUGGCCUUGGAUAGCCAUCGGCGUACUCUUCUCUUACAGGUGCUGAAGGACCUCUUAGAGACCUGGGGCAGCAGCAGUGCUGUUAAACACUCUCCUGUGGAGCAGCAGCUUUAUGUCAGCAAAGCCAUCCUGAUCUGCUUGUCCCACCUGAAGGAGUCAGAUAUUGAGCACAUCAGGGAAGAGCUGCUGACCUCCAUGAUGGGAGGUGUGCAGUGCCAUAUUGAGAGUAGUUUGCCCCAAGUCCGACAUCUGGGAAUGAUUGUAGCAGAGGCUAUCAGUUCCCGAAUACACUCUGAGGGACCCCAUCUGAAAUUCCAGUAUGAAGAAAAUAAAUUGACCAGAGAAUUAUUGUCUUUAGUGAAUUUGAAGCCUGCUGAUGCUAGCUCUCCAGCUUCUGGCUCCCCCGCUGUGCCAGCAUCUGUCAUACAACCAUCAAGUCUAAGCCCAGAGGACAAAGCACACCGAGAAGAAGAGAAAGAUAAGGGGUCUUCCUCGGAUCUAGACAGUGAUGAUGAAUUUGUCCCCUACGACAUGUCACGGGACAAAGAACUGAAGAGCACCAAGGCUCCAGUGUACAUCCGGGAUUGCCUGGAAGCACUGACAACCUCUGAGGAUGUGGAGCGCUGGGAGGUGACGCUGCAGGUUCUAGAGAGCUUGAUCAAAAGGAGCCCAGCUGCAACAAAAGAGGUGAGUACAGAGUUAGCCAAGGUACUGCUCCAUCUGGAGGAGAAGACCUCUAUGGAAGGAUUUGAAAUGUUGCGUCAACGAGCACUGGUGGCAGUCACUGUCACAGACCCAAUACAGGUUGCACAAUAUCUGACUUCCCAGUUUUAUGCCAUGAAUUAUAGCCUUCGGCAGCGGAUGGACAUCUUGGAUGUGUUGGUUCUUGCAGCUCAGGAACUCUCAAGCCCUAAGAGCUUAGAGGAAGCCAAGAUCCUUGGUCCUCCCAGGUCUGGUAUUCAGCUCUUGCCUGCAUCACUGACCCCCAGUCACAGUAAAGUUCCUUCUGAGGACUGGAGGAAAAUUGUGGAAGAGAGGAUCAAAAACAAAACACGUCGAUUUGCCAAGGGUCCUUCCAGAACCGACACAGCAAAUGGACCCAACAAGUUUAAUUCUGUGGUUGGUUAUUUCUUCUUUCCUCUCAUUGAACGUUUUGACAGGCCUCUUGUGACUUUUGACCUUUUGGGAGAUGAUUCUUUGGUCCUGGGAAGACUAGUUCACACUGUGGGAAUCCUGAUGUAUUUUGCCAUUAAUACCACAGCAGCUGUGCCAAUGGGAAAGACGCUGUUGGAGUUUGUGUGGGCACUUCGUUUUCAUACAGAUGCGUAUGUGCGUCAAGGCCUUCUGUACUCUAUCUCCUCCAUACUUUGGAGUGUUCCUGCAGAGCGCCUUCUUGGAGAUCUGACAGAUGAGCUCCUAGAAACCAGGUCGUGGCUGGCAGCUGUAGCAGAGAAUGACCCAGAUGAAGACUGUAGGAAGCUGGCCAUGCAGGCACUCCUACUGAUGGAAAAGUUAAAAGACAAACUCCAAAUAGUUGGUUCUUAGUCAAUCCAAUUGCCCUUAACCUGGCCCUACAGGUGGCCUGAAAGGAUUUUUGGGCCAUCACCUGGCUGGCAAAGAGGAAGGCAGAGAGAAACAGGGGCCUGGCCUGACAUCUGGGCUUUGUAGUGGCAGCCAACUCUGUGAAAUAUUGAUAUCCGGUACUGAGUGUACAGAUGCAGGAAAAUGCAGUAGAGUUGCUGUCUUCCUCCCCUCCCCCUGCACACUGAAUAUGCUAUUUUUAGCCUGGUAUGUUUUGAGUCUUCAGCUAAAAAUACAGCAAACCCUGUAUAGCCAUUGCCUCUCUACUGAAACCGCAGGAGCAGAGAACUGGUCGCUGAUGGCUGUGGAAGGAGUUGCCUACAUGCCAGAAGCAGCAGCUAGCUCAAAGAUUUCUCUUAUUGUUUCAGUGAAUCUUAUUAGGGGUGAAAGGUAUGGUGUGGUCAUAAAGCUAAAAAAGGUCUUACCUCCUGUGAAAUUUCUUCAUAUUAACAUCCCCCUCUAUCCCCUAUCAACCACUGGCUGUAAGAGGAACUGAAGGGGAAGGAAAAGAAUGGAGAAGCAAGAUGAGGCACUACUAAUAUGUAGCAUUAGUUCUCUGCUUGAAGAGAACUUCUCCCAGAUUGGACCUGAGGACGGUGCCCCCAUAGUGUAGACUGUGAGCUCUGACCCUGACGCUGCUCUUCUUUUUCCCAGAGGCAUAGCUGUAGGACAAUAUAAAGGUCAUCCUCUCUGGUCCACCUUACCCACAGCAAAGUUCUCCGGUCUUGAAAAGGGGUACAGGACCAGGCUACAGGGAUUGGCCCAGGCUGGUUGCCCUGAUAUGAUCUCUGCGGCACACCCAUGUGCAAGCUUUGCUCAGACUAGAUUUGUUGAGGUGACCAACUUGCUGGGCUAGUUUCCUAUCAUUUUCAUUCCACUACACAUUUGCCAAUUUAUAGCACUCUCAAGUGAGCCAUGAAGGAGAACAUAAUAAGUCUUGUGAUGACCCUAAGAAGAGAGAAAGGGCAAGGACCGUUAUAGCCAGAACUAGAAUAGAGAAGAGGGGGAAAAUGCAGUUCUUGAGGGACUCUUGGGUCUCAACACCCUCAUAGGGAAACCUGGUAUUAGACCUGCUUCUUAAAGAAGCUAAGCAUAGUCUGACAAAAGGUUCUUUAGACAUAGCUGAAUUCAUUCUCCAUGAGAUUGCUUUGUGUCGAACCAUUGGAAAGGAAUUCAGCGUCAAGGAAACACCAAUGAAGGAAGUACACUAAGGGUCAGCCUCUCCUCCUGUUGGAGCACAGAGCCCCACUCCUUCCCCCCCAAUAUAAGGAGAACCCAUUGGAAGCCACUAGCAUCAUCGACUUUAGCUCUGCCUGGUCCUUAAAUUAGUGUUACUGAUACAGAACUGUGUCUGAGGACUUGAAUCCAUCUCUUUCUGACUUCAAAGCCAAAAUCCUCAGACACAACAAUUGUGGGAAUCUCAGGCACAUAAUGUAACCACUAGUGAUCUAAGCCAAAGCUGUCAGUCCUGCCAGCAGAGGGCCCAGCCUAGCCAGAACUGGAUGAAAAUGGGGCUGGGGAUGAAAAUGUAAGAUUGAAAAUCAAGAUGAAAAUGUAACACCACCAUGAUGUUAUUAAAUUUGUUUUUUCCAAGUCAA